AUGCACCUGAUGUACAAGGGCUUUAUCAAGGACUGCCCCAGCGGCCAGCUCGAUGCCGCCGGCUUUCAGAAGAUCUAUAAGCAGUUCUUCCCCUUCGGCGACCCAACCAAAUUCGCCACCUUUGUUUUCAAUGUCUUCGAUGAGAACAAAGACGGGAGGAUCGAGUUUUCGGAGUUCAUCCAGGCGCUGUCGGUCACCUCCCGGGGGACACUGGAUGAGAAGCUGAGGUAUGCCUGGGGGAAGACGCUCUCCGUGCCAUCCGACCACCGCCGCGCGAAGCUUGCCGUCCCUCUCGGGCCUUCCUUUCUGUUCCGCGAGCAAAGGGUGCCCUCGAAGCGCGAGCUCACUCCCCCUCUCUGCACUCUGAACCAGCCGCUGCCAUUUGCCAACUUCUGCUUUUUCCAAAAAAAAAACCCGCGACAGACCCCGGUCUGA